GCGGGAGAGGAGCGCCCACCGCCCCGCCUGCCCGCCCCAGCGCGAUGGCCGGCGAGCUGAGCAUCGGCCCCGAGCUGCCCACCAGCCCCUUGGCCAUGGAGUACGUCAACGACUUCGACCUCAUGAAGUUCGACGUGAAGAAAGAGCCGCUGGGCCGUGCCGAGCGCCCGGGCCGCCACUGCACCCGCCUCCAGCCCGCCGGCUCCGUCUCUUCCACGCCCAUCAGCACCCCCUGCAGCUCGGUGCCCUCCUCGCCCAGCUUCAGCCCCACCGAGCAGAAGACUCACCUGGAGGACCUCUACUGGAUGGCCAACAGCUACCAGCAGAUGAAUCCGGAGACGCUCAACCUCACUCCGGAGGACGCCGUGGAAGCCCUCAUCGGCUCCCACCAGGUGCCGCAGCCCCUCCAGAGCUUCGAGAGCUUCCGGGCCGCCGCCGCCCACCACCACCAUCACCACCACCAUCAGCAUCACCACCACCAGUACGGCGGGGUCACUCACGAAGACCUGGCCGGCCCGGGGCACCCGCAUCAUCACCACCACCCACACCAUCACCAGGCGUCUCCCACCCCUUCCAACGCCUCCAGCUCCUCCCAGCAGCUCCCCAACACGCACCAGCCGCACCCCUCCUCCUCCUCCUCCUCUUCCAGCAGCGUGGAGGACAGGUUCUCGGACGACCAGCUGGUCUCCAUGUCCGUGCGGGAGCUCAACCGGCACCUGAGGGGCUUCACCAAAGACGAGGUGAUCCGUCUGAAGCAGAAGAGGAGGACCUUGAAGAACAGAGGCUAUGCCCAGUCUUGCAGGUACAAGCGGGUCCAGCAGAAGCAUCACCUGGAGAACGAGAAGACCCAGCUCAUCCAGCAGGUGGAACAGCUCAAGCAAGAAGUGUCCCGGCUGGCCAGAGAAAGAGACGCCUACAAGCUCAAAUGCGAGAAACUGGCCAGCAAUGGCUUCAGAGAGGCAGGAUCCACCAGUGACAACCCGUCUUCUCCCGAGUUCUUCAUAACUUUAUCCUGGACUUUGCAAAACAAAGGGAUGGGCCCCGGACAAGCCAUCUAGAAUAUCUGCUUUGGAGUUGUGGUUUUGUUUU